GGCAUGAAUUACAGUAUAUGAAUCCGUUCAGUACAAAAGCUUUUUGUUUCGCUGAGGUCUCAUCCCCGUGCAUCCCCGAUAAAGAAUCAUUACAUUCCCACACAAGCGCCCACCUUUGCAUAAGGUAAUCGAUCGAUAUUGAUCUGUCAUCCAUCAUAUCUGUCAAGUCCCCGCUCUCGCUCAGCGCCAUAGGACCUACACAUACCUUCCUCAGGCGUUCUUCACACACUGUACCUCGUUCCUACUAUAUCUACCAUGCACCGCGCAUUGCUAGUUGACGAAAUCCUAUUGAACAUACUUACUGCGCUACAGGAAGCAGACAGAUCAUUUAGCCAGCUCAACGCUGUCGCUCGGACAUGUCGGUUCCUAUCACCUCUGGCAUUGGACCUCUUAUGGUCGGAACUGCCGGACGUAAGGCCCUUGCUCCAAUAUCUGAAACCAAGGAUAUCAAAUGACCCUUGCUCAUUGGUGCCAUCAGCAUCUUUCCAACGCGCUGCAUCUCGUGUCCGUAAACUAUCAUGUCCCGUUCUUCCAUGCGGAAUUACCCAAGCAUCCCUUACGGAGCGACUGCAAUUUUUAAGCAUGAUGCGCACCACGACCUCGUUGUUUCCCAACCUUCGACAACUUUCGUGGACCGACACAGAUCGAUCGCGUUAUGUGUAUAUUCGACUAUUCUUGAGUCCUAUGCUGGAGUCGCUCGAGCUGGAUUUCUUUUUCCAUAAAGCUCCCGACUUUCCCUUCCUCGCCUUGCUGCCCAAACUCUGCCCCAACCUCCACAGCGUGUCAAUAAGCAAACAUUCCGUCAUAUCCUUAUCGGUAGACGAAGGCCCUUCUGCUGUUCGGAUGAUUUGUCAGCUGCCUCGCCUCACCACCUUAGAAUGCAAGGCGUCGACCAUCAGCGAAGCAGAUAUUUUGCACUUAUCUCAACUCAAGUCGCUCAUGACUUUAAGCUUGGGCAUCCCUUCGUGGGUAUCAAGCGACCAUGGAAACUUAGCACCGGAUAGUUCCAUGACAGCCAAAGACCGUGCUGAUUGUUCGUGGUUCAGCAACCUACGCAAUUUGCAUCUUCGCGCAUAUAACAUGCCAAUCAUUACAUCCUUCAUGAGACCUGGAUGCAGGCCUCUGCAGUCAGUCAUCUUCGACAUCUCCGAAGCACCGACCGCUGCUUCCUUAACAGAGUGUUUUAGCAUGCUUCAAUGGAGUCAAUACGACAAUGAAUGUGGCGCAAUGGGUUACAUCAAAGUUCGCGACGGCCUUUCAAGUGCUAUACUCGGUGUCUCCCAGCUUCUUCCCGACUCCAAGGUCAUCACAAUAGACGUGUUCAAGCCACUUUUCGCUUUCACCAAACUACGAGUUUUCGAUCUGGGCGUGUGCUUGUCAUUUUCUCUAGGUGACUCGGACCUUACGGCGAUGGCAAGCUCCUGGCCAGAACUUGAGGUCUUCUGCCUCAACGAGGGGCGUGGCUGGCGCUUGUCCGCUACUGAGCCUAGGUCAUCCAUCACCGUCCGUGGUCUCCAAUCGCUGUGCGCUCUAUGCCCGAGGCUUUAUCAAAUCGCAAUAGUCUUAAAUGCCCUAGAUCUCCCCUGUCCUACAACACCCCGGUCUAUGCACACCCCAAAGCGGGCCACACCUCUGGCUCGUAAUUUGGCAGUGACUCACUUAAGCCUGGGAGAUUCGAGAUUGGCCAAUCCACAUGAUGUUGCAUGCGCCUUGUCCAACAUCUUUCCUCGCCUGAAGAGAAUCAGUGCGUGGCAAUGUCCUUUGGAUACAUUGCCUGAGGGUCCGCAUCAUCACAGGUUGUGGGAAGAAGUAAACAAUAUCUUGCAGCAGCGUUUGAACAGCAUCUGAGAGAGCCUCUCUUUACGUUGACAAUUUGAAGCUUUCCCUAGCUUUCGUCAACCUUAAGCGAGUGCUCUCAUUGGUGGAGAGGACUACUAGCCUGAGUGUACGAUAGAGGUUACUGGCCUAGUCCAAACGGGGAGUGCAGUUUGGAUCAAACUGGCGCGCUUAGCUUUGUAGAUGAGGGAUAUUAGAGCGGUAGACAAGUGAUUAUAAAGGACCAUUAAUGUAGUUGCGUACAAGGACUACUUGAAUGAUGUUGGGUUAGGUGAUGUGUCGAUUAUCUGG